CUUUGGAUUCGUCAGCGUUCAUUCCAACAAUAUCAUUAUUCUCAUCAAGAGUUUCAGUAUAAUGACAAGUUCUACUUUAGUUGCUUUGAAGAUCGUAUGUUUGAUAAUCUACCGGGAAGAAAUUGUUGAGUUGUACAAUUUAUUAGAUGGACAUAUCACGGAUCUGUUAAAGAAAGAACACUUAUCUCAUUUUGUUCUUCAUAAAGUAACAAGAUAUCGAUAUCUGAGUCUAGGCGGUUUAAUAUCAGUUUUUAUUGUCAAUUUUAUAUUCAACAUCAUGCCAAUAGUUAAAAUUAUUUCUAACUACAUUCAUCAAGUGCAGCCAAAUUAUCAUAUUUUUCCAUACCCCAGCUGGUUCCCUUGGCCAAUUCCUUUCAACGGAAUUGUAUAUCGACUUCAUUUUGUCUAUGAAACUCUUACAAGUGUGACAGUCAUUAUUGUUUCUCCAGGAGUUGAUUCAAUUUUUGUAUUCUUUGUAUUCUUGAUGAUUAGCCAGCUUAGAGAAAUCUCAUAUGCUAUUACACACAUUGAUGAAAAAAAUGGUAAUAACAUCAUUGUGAAAAAGUGUAUUAACCAAUACUGCAUUCUACUGAAAUGUAGAGAUAAUCUUGAAAAAAUAUAUGGACCAAUUAUUCUUUGCCUGAUGACAACUAAUGCAAUAGUGCUGUGUACUUCGAUUUAUCAAAUUUCUCAGAUGCAAUCGAUAUCGAUUUUCAAAAUAAUUCUAUUUUUUGCCUAUAUAACAGUGAAGUUAAUACAAACCUACAUGUACUCAUGGUGUGGUACACAUCUAACGAUGGAGAGUGAAGAGUGUAGAAAUGCGAUAUAUGCUGCUAAUUGGUACGGAGAUAAACGUUUCAUGAAUUCUAUCAUGAUAAUGCUUCAACAAAGGCCAUUAGUUAUCACAGCAUGUAACAUGUCUAUCGUUUCGAUUGAUAUUUUUAGCAAGAUCGCGUUUUCUCCGGGAGUAGAUUCAAUUUUUGCCUUUUUCAUUUUUUUGAUGAUUGGCGAACUCCGUGAAAUAGCGUAUAACAUAACACAUCUCAAGAAUGAACAUGAUAAUAAUUUAGUUAUCAAAAGAUGCAUUGGUCAAUAUUGUAAACUUAUAAAAUAUUGUGACACAAUUCAAAAAAUAUAUGGACCAAUUAUUAUUUGCUUGAUGACAACCAAUGCCAUUGUGAUGUGCACUUCAAUGUAUCAGAUUACUCAGAUGCAUUCAAUAUCAAUCUUAAAGUUAUCACUUUUUUUUACCUACAUGACAUUAAAAAUAAUUCAAACUUACAUGUACUCAUGGUGUGGAACACAUCUAACUAUGGAGAGUGAAGAAUGCAGAAAUGCAAUUUAUUCUGCCAAUUGGUAUGGCGAUAAACGUUUUAUGAAUGCUAUUACAAUUAUGCUCCAACAAAGACCACUUGUUUUGACAGCUUGCAAUUUAGCUACAGUUUCAGUUGAUAUCUUCACCAAGAUCAUGAACACAACCAUUUCAUACUAUUUUCUGUUAAAAACUUUGGAGUAA